CUUACUGUCAACUUCACAUCGAUUGUCUUUUAUUCAACCAUUUCAACCGAUUUGUAUUUUACUGCACAUGUGCAUCGGUUUCUUAUCGUUUUAGCUAAAUUAAUACAAAUCCGUUGAUAAAAUGGGAGCUAUAGCGAGCAGAUACCGUGUUUCCAAUGCAGGUCUAACACCCACCGAUCAACUAAACAUAGAAAAUGAAACCAAACGCGAGAACCCUGGAACUUUGGAUGAAUUACACAAAAAAAGCAAAGAGGUGAUGCCAGUGAACUUUGAAGGUGGUAAACUCAUGGUGAAUAAAGGCAUAUCAAAUCAUUUUCAGAUGGCACACACUCUUACAAUGAAUUCAGCUCAGAAUGGCUAUAAGUUGAGUGCAACAUACAUUGGUACAAAGCAGAUAUCACCAACUGAGGCAUACCCUGUGGUGUUGGGGGAUGUAGAUCCAUCAGGAAAUUUCAACUUUAACUUGAUCCACCAACUUACCAAUGAGAUAAGAGUGAAGGGAGCGGCACAGGUGCAGGAAUGCAAAUUAACAGCGACGCAAGGCACUGUGGAGUUCAAGGGGACGGACUACACUCUCGCCGUGGCAAUGGGCAAGCCAGACUUCAGUGACAAGUCCAGUGUCUUUGUAGGGCAUUAUUUACAGUCAGUAACGAAGCGGCUAGCGUUGGGAGCGGAGCUGGUGUACCAGUCGGGUGCCAGGAUCAUGGGCGGUGAGAUCGCCAUCGCCUCUGCAGCAGCCCGGUAUACAAUGGAUGAUUCAGAAGUGUCAGCGACUCUGGGCGCUGCUGGAUUCCAUAUUUGUUAUUUCAAACAGGCCAGUGAACAAUUGCAAGUUGUAGCAGAAAUGGAUACAUCGUUCAGAGGCAUGGAGUCUGUGGGCACAAUAGGCUACCAGGUCACCGUGCCAAAAGCUGAUCUAGUAUUUAGAGGCAUGGUAGACUCCAAUUGGAACAUUGGUGCAGUGUUAGAGAAGAAAUUACAGCCAUUGCCGUUCAGUUUUGCGCUGUCCGGCAUGGCCAAUCAAGCUAAGCAACAGUUCAAAUUUGGCUGCGGACUGAUUAUUGGAUAGUGUAUCAUUGUGUCAUUAGUGUUUUUGGUGUGGUUAUAGUGACGGUAUACAGUGAACCCAAAGUUUUAUUUUCAAGAGUUAUAACACUAUUAUGGUGUUAUUUUUCUAUGUUUUAAACAUAUGGCAGGUUUUUUUACUAUUAAAAUAGUAUUUCUUUGACUAUGAUAAAUCUAUAAUCUAUUCGUCUAACUAAAUAAUCGGUUUAAAGUAAGUUCAGGUCACAAAAUUUAAUAUAUUUUUGACCGUUGACAAAAUAUUUUAUUGGAGUUGUUCUGCCUUUUAAAUAUGGAUGUAUGUUUUCAAACUGCUAAUAUCUUAAAUAUGUUUUUUGUACUAUUAUAUAUGACGCUAUGUGUACACAAUAACAUAUGUAUGAAAUGCAUUUUGUUUAGCACAAUGAGCAAAUAAUUUAUAUGCUACCAUAAGGUCACAUGUUAUUGUGGAUGUGUAGAAAAUAAAGCAAUAUGAAAGCAAACUAAAUCGGUAUUGUAUUGUAAUAUUUACUACAUUUCGAAUAAUUUACUAAUGUAUUACACAGUGUAUUUGAAUGUAUUUGUGUGGUUUGCAUUUGAAUUAUCUUUGGAUGUAUGGUUAAUACACUUUUCUUUCAUCAAUUAAUUUAAUCCAACAAUUUUAAAGUGCUUAGUGAAAGUAGAAUUUAAAAGAAAUUUUAGUAUAGUUUAAACUGGAUAAACAAGAAACUUCUAUAAGGGAGUCAUUAUCCGGUCCCAGUAAACUCUGGGAAGAAAGCGCAUUAAGCAAGUAAAAUGCUGAAGUCCUUUGAACUCUCGCUUAUCCUGUUUCGACUUUCUAUAAUUAUGCUUUUCAAGCAGUACUAAAUUGUAUCAAAACAUGUAUUACAACAGUGGAAUUUCAGUUACAAAAGGCCAGUGCAGUAGUGUUGUAACGCUUCAGAUAUCUGUACACACAAAUUGCAUAUUUUUAUAUAUAUAGAAUUAAAACAACACCAGAAAGCAUUUAAGAUGUUGUGACCACUCUGUAUUUUUAGAUUGUCAAUAUUUUAAACAUUUGUGUAAUUGUUAAAAAGUUUUUUUCUUGCCACAAUUGCAUUUUUGAGCCAUCACAAGUUCAUACAUCUUUUGAGUUCACUUUAUUAUGUAAAAAUUGGAUAGAUUGUUUUAAAUACAUACAUAUUAUUCCUAUUAUGUUAUGUUUUUCCUAUGUUCCAAAGAUGCAUUUAUUUGAAACAAAAAAAAAUUUACUUGUUAAUCCGGCUCUAUUUUCUUUCUUGUCUAUGGCCACAAAAUGAAAGAUCAUAAGUAAAGGGAUUGUGAAAAAGGAUUUUUACAUUAAAAUGGUGUCAUAAGUCUUCUAUUUUAUUGUCUGUUUUAUUCUCCAUGUAUUUAUUGUUUUUUUUUUCAUGAGUGGUCAAAUGUCAAUGUCUGACUUUCGCUUUUCCUUCCCGUAUGAUUGUAGAUAGAAAAUGGCGUUUUGUACAUAGAGCCCGUUGUUAAAAUGAUUAUUUUAAAUAGAGUUAUGUUAAUAAAUCAAUUGUCGUUUC